GAUAAAAUCAAUUUUUCAGUGGGGGCGCUAUAAAGGGGGGUUGGGGCGGAAUCCCAUAUAGCGCUUGCAACUCGUAUUGACCCCCUCUACCCCCAUACCAAAUUUCAUCAAGAUCGGCCCAGCGGUUUCGGAGGAGUUCAUGUGCCACAGACAGACAAACAAACAUUUUCAGCUUUAUAUAUUAAGAUUACUCACUAGAGGACCCACACGAUUUUGAAGAUUCAUGGCGACAUCUAGUGGCUAAUUUAAAAUAAUAUUAAUUGCAUGUUAAUUUGGCUUAAGUCUCGAUAGUAUUUAAGUUUUUAAUGCUUUUUGUUUUUAACGUUUUUUUCAGAAUAUUUUAUGAAGAAAACUCAUUUGCUUUUAGAUUAUCAAGGAACCCUAGAAAAUUGUAAAACUGACUAAAUCUCGUCAAGACUUUGAUUUUUUUUACAACGAGCUUUUUAUCAUUUAGCUUUUUUGGCGUUCAAAAUUUUCUUAAAAUUAACACCUAAUUUAAAAAAGAAUGAAAAAGGAGCUUUUCUUAACAAUAAAUUUAUUUCAGGGUGAUCCUCUCAACUCAUUUGAACACAAUAAUGGGCAGAUCUUCAAUUCCUGCGCACCAGACAGCAAUCUCGGUAGCCUCUCGAGUCUCCAGAGUGAAUCAACAUCCAACGAAGAUCCUCGCAAAGAGAUGGCGGAACUGAGAAGACAGGUGGUUUUCCUUCAGACUGAACUUGAUGAUAGAGACAGAACAAUAAAGAUCCAAAAAAAUAUAAUUGCAAAGUACGAAGCGGAGAAGUUAAAGAAUAAAAAUCAGACAAAUACAAUGGAAACAGCUACACAAACUGAAAGGGUUAAACCAAUUGCAGCAUUGGCACAAGAUCAAAUAAGCAGAAUUGAUGCGAAUGGCGUGUCCCAGAGUCCUCAGCGAUGUAUCACCACAACAACUUCCAUUUCCUUUAAGAGCCCCUCCAAGACAGCAUCCGUGAAGCCCGUAAAGGCCACACCAAUUGGGAAUGUAACAAAUAUUGCCAAUUCGCAGAAGUACGUGAGGAGUUUUAGUGUGGAUGAUGCCCUUUCGGCGGGCAAAUGUGGCGCCAAGAAUGGCAAAAUCUCCGCGGGUCCCAUCUCCCUGCCCAUGAUCAAUGGAAGUCGCAAAAUUCCCAUCUUGAGCACCGUCCCUAAAAAUCCUCCUGCACGAAUUCCACGCUCCUCGUUGUCCUCCUCCCGCAGUGACUCCGUCAAUAGUAGCUCAUCCAGCUUGAGUGAGAGCACAGAUCGAAAGUCUCUCCCCGCGAAACUCCUCACCACCGUGGCCAAGUAAAAGAGGCUAAGAUACUUAGAAAAUUAACUUUAACCAUGUGAUAAGAGACAAAAAGGAAAACUAAAGCCCAAACCCACGUAAAAAGGACCUGCUAAAUGGGAUAUGGCGCGUGUGCAUUGUGCAAAAAUGAGAUCUUCCGCCCUAAACUGAAAACUUACAAAUUGCUAAAGCAUUUAUAUAAUAAUUAUUUAGAGAGGAAGUUGAAGAUAUUAACUGUUAGCUAAAUUAUUAUAUAUUUUUUUGUAAUAGUUUUUUAAGCUUCACCUUUGAAGAAUUCUUCUCAAAU